UGUUCUGCUUUCUAUCAUCUAUGGCAAACGGUCGAAGACUACUUCCAGCGCCUUCGCCUUCUUUAUCUGAGCGGCGAUCCCUAUCGCAAGCUCAACACGCAGCCGUUGACUCAGUACUGAAGGACUUGAAAUUGUCUUUCCGUCGGUUGUCGACAAUGACAACCGCGUUGGCGGACGAAACGCAAGUCUUGGACCGUCUUCAUUACAAAAAUAAAAAUCAGCAUCGUUCUUCUUUAUUCAGUCGACGUAUAAAUGAGCUCCGGAGGUACUCUCAUCGUACAGAAGACUUUCAAACCUGUAGCCUAGUUAAUGACCUCCGUCAAAGUUUUUUUGGCAAGGAGGACGAAUCGCAAAGUAAACAGAUGAAGGGUUCCUGGUCGCAUUACCCAGAUGAGAAAUAUGUACAGAAAAUCAAGGAACGAUUCUAUCUUUUUCUGGAUUUGCUGAGAAAGAUGUACACGAUCUCUUUCGAGGCAUUCAACUUUUUUUCACUUGCUAUUCAAACGGGCGCAUUUGUUCAGCUGUAUCUGACGUUGAUUGCUGUUACUUCGAGAUUGGCGACUGUGGUUGCAGAAAUGAUCGAGAUACUGCAAUUUGUCAUUCCUGUCAUAGAUCGUCUUCUUCCUAUUUACAAGCCAGAUACCAUUGAGAACCCUGAAUUCAUUGAAGGAAAGGUGCCUGAGGUACAUACAGAGUCACCUAUACCUCCACCUCGCCCAACGCCCAUCCUGGCUCGAAUAUCAACGACAUUCCGUAAAGAGCGGCUUCCGAUUAUCAUAGAACGUAGGGUGGUAGACAAACAGUCGAGCACGCAAACAGUUGAAUCUACCGAAGGACGUCCACAAAGGGAGAAGGCGAAGAAGAAGGAUGAGAUAGAUGAAAUUUUCUCGCUUUAAUGUAAUGGCUCUCAACUUGGGUGGUAUUUCUUUUCAUUAGGAAGAGUAAACUGUACAUAUGUCAUUAAAUGAUGAAUAAUGGGGAUGAUAGCUUGGCUAGCCGC